AUGGAAGCUACCUGGAUUUCAAACAACUAUGGUGACGAUCUGUACCUACGACGCACGUACACCUGCAUCCGAGUCCUCGAUAGAAGACUUGCUCAUGCAAACAAAAAGGAUAAGGUACGACGUCAUCGGCCUGGCCGAGACGAGAAGACGGCAGCCUUUACCAACGCCAUCUAUGACACCGGAGAAGAAGAGUUCCUCGGCACAUGCGACAGUAGACGAGCCGGCGGCGUCAGUGUUCUAGUUAUUACGAGUUUGUCCAUGAACAUUGAUUCAAUCGAACAACUAACAACCCGAAUCGGACGUUUAUGA